UUAAGAUGAUAUUGUUUAUCAAGUAGAAAGAACAUUAGAUAUAAAGUAGGAAAACCAUGCAAUCAUUGAUUUCUGAAGAACAGUUACAAAAACCAUAUUGAUUUGUGAAGAACAAUUAGAUAUAAAGUAGAAAGAAAAAAAAUGCAAUCUCCACCAUCUUCAUAUCCAUAUCAAACACCGCCAUCCAUGACCGUUUCUGGCAUUCAUGGCCAAACCCUUGAAGUUACAGUUGUUGGUUGUAACAGAUUGAAAGACACGGAAUGGAUUUCAAGACAGGAUCCUUACGUAAUUCUUGAAUAUGGGACUACAAAGUUUAGAACCAGGACAUGUACAGAUGGAGGUAAGAACCCAAAAUUUCAAGAGAAGUUCAUCUUUUCUCUUGUUGAAGGGCUGCACGAACUACAAAUUUCUGUGUGGAACAGCAAUACCAUCACCUUUGACGAUUUCAUCGGCAGUGGAAAGGUUCAACUCCACAAGGUUCUGACCCAUGGCUAUGAUGACACCCCCUGGCCGAUACAAAGUAAACAUGGGAGAUGCACUGGUGAAACCCGGCUCAUACUUCACUAUGCUAAUGCUGCCAAUAAACUUGCAACAAACUUCGGACCAUCUGCGCCGCCAUAUUCAACACCCAGUACACCAUAUGGCUCUCCACCUCCAUGUGCAGCCCCAUACCUUCCGUGCCCCAUUCCUUACCCCUAUCCAUCAGCUUAUCCACCUUCAGGCUACCCUCCUUCAGCUACUGGAUAUCCUCCUCCCCCUCUACCAUACCCACCUACAGCCUAUCCUCCCCCAUAUCCUCCUCCACUGCAAGGAACAUCUUACUACUUACCAGGCCCAUACACGGGACCAUACCCUCCACCUCCUUACUAAGAUAUCCUAAGUAACAGAAGUUCUUAGUGAGAUAAAUUACAUGCUUAACUUACGAAGUAGAUGUAAAAGGUGAAAAAAAUAUUUUGUUGUAUAACAAAUUGUAUCACAAGUAACAAAUAGUUGACAUGCUCUGUGGUAA